CGUAGUGUGACCCUUAGUGUAAAUCAUGAGCAAAACGAAGACUCGGUCCCUGUCAAUCAUUGCUGCAGAAGCAAGAGUCGCGUGAAAUAUCGAAGGAGCAAGAGCAAACAGUAGAAAUGGUUGGAGGACAGUUGAUGCGAAUUCCAUACACGGCGCCACUUCCAGCACCGACAAUCAUCCCAUCAGCAGCAGCUUCCGUCUCUGGAGCAAUCGCCGCCUUGACCGACUUCCUGGCUUCGACGCCACAACUACGGAACAAGAACAAGGAUAAGACUGUACUACUCACUGGAGCUGGUAUAUCUGUCGCGUCGGGACUUGCAGAUUACAGAGGCACCAAGGGCACAUAUACACUCAACAAGACCUACCGACCAAUCUACUUCCAUGAGUUCGUGGCCAACCAUGCAGCGCGGAAGCGCUACUGGGCUCGCAGUUUCCUGGGAUGGACCAACUUGAACAAGUCCAAGCCAAACCCUGCACAUAAGGCAGUCGCGGACCUAGGUCGCAUGGGCUAUCUGUCCAGCGUCAUCACUCAAAAUGUCGACUCCUUCCACCCUCAAGCGCAUCCCUCCCUCCGCACCCUCGAACUGCACGGUUACCUUCGCAGUGCCGUCUGCACAACCUGCCGCACAGAAUACGAUCGUCAACUCUUCCAGAACGACCUUGCCGCACUAAAUCCAGCAUGGAGCGACUUCCUGAACGAAAUGCUCGCUUCCGGCGCCCUGACUACUGAAAAUCCGGAUGAAAGACGCAGGCUAGGACUGAAAACAAACCCAGACGGUGAUGUCGAUGUGCCCGGUGUCGAAUACGCCACCUUCAGAUAUCCAGCAUGUCCAACAUGUCUGGCGAAACCACCGCAAGAUAAAGACGGCAAGAAACAUGUUAUAGAAGUCGAUGUGGAUGGCGCAUGGGUGGCUGGCAACUCCACCGCAGGCAUCCUCAAGCCCAAUGUCAUCAUGUUUGGAGAAAGCAUACCGGAUACUACCAAAACAGCUGCUGAACUCGCCAUCGAUGAGGCUUCUAGAGUUCUGGUGCUGGGGUCUUCAUUGGCGACCUACUCGGCUUGGAGGUUGGUCAAAAGAGCAAGGGAGCAAGGCAUGCCGAUUGGUAUUGUGAACAUUGGUGGUGUGAGGGGUGAAGAGCAAUUCUUCUCUCAUCUGGGAAAGAACAGCACUGGGAAGGACGGGUUGAGGUGUGCACAUGUUCUUGAGGACAUGUUGCCAAAUCUUGUGAAAGAGCUGGGUCAGAAGAAUACCACGCCAUUCGCUUCUUCUGCUAUGGCACGUCCAUUUGUGCCUGCUCCGUGGGCAUGAGUCCGGACCCGAAGCUUCCUUAGUUCUCGAUCAUCUUGCAGAACAGGAACGUCCUAGGGAUCUCAAAACGAAGCUACUCCCGAGCCACACAACACCGCGUCAGACGCUCGCUGCAUAUCCGCGUGAGAUCGAAUGAAACACAUCCCCCAAGCAGCCAUCUCCAGCACUGUGCCACAGACUCCUCACACAUCCAGCAGCCGACCAAGCAGACAAAGUCAAACCCUCAUAUCUGACACCCACGAGAUCGAAUCACAAUCUCAAUGUCACAGUCAUCUGAUCUGGAUAUCAACCUCAUCAAUUACACCA